CUUUUACCGCGUUCUUUACAACAAUAUUUUUAUAACAUUUUUUAUAUUUUUAUAAGGAAAAUUGUUUGUUUGACUUUUAACGCGCUUUAGGAUCAGCAAAAUCAGUGCAAAUGUCUCUUCGCCGUUCAACUCUUUCGGGGCGUAGAAGAACCGUUUUGAGCGUAGCCUUAGACGAUGAUAAUCCACGCGUAUCGUAUCAAGCUGCGGAUGACGAUGUUGUACCAAGAGCUAGUAGCAUUUUCUUGACUUCAAUUGUGACAACUUCCGAAGCUCCCAGAAGGAAACAAGCAGAAGUUGUUCAACAACUGAUGGACGACAUAAAUGUAGACGAGCCACGUAACUAUGAAGAGGCGGAUGCCAGAGACUUGCCCAGCCGCGAUCCAAGCUUUACAAAGGAAUUCUUCACCAAGUUUAACAGCCUCAUGAAUUAUAGAGAAUCAAUAACCAAAUACGAAAAACAAUUUCAACGUGAAAUUUCAUUAUUACUUGAGGCUCAACCGACCGCCUAUGAGGUAGUAAGUUUGCAAAGGCACCUCAGCUACACGUCCCUAUGGCCGCCAUUACAUAAUCGUCGCGAAUUGUUUAGAUCCAGACGACUCUUCAAUUGUCUUACUAGCAAGCAAAAAAAUCGCCUGCAUCAGUUAAUGGCUCAAAGAUAAUUUUUACGAAAUUAAAAAGUAAUCGGUAUUCAUUAAAGUCAUGCUCGCCCACAACUAAAAGCACUAAAAUAUGGUUCGAUAAGUACCGAAUUGG